AUGAGCACCUUUAAGAACGUCGCACUCCUCGGUAAAGGAUAUCUCGGGUCCGCUAUUCUCACAGAACUAGUCAACGCCGGGUUCAAUGUUACUGUCUUCGGCCGCUCCGAUUCAGCUAAAGAAGGUCUCCCUGCUAGUGUCGAUUUCAAAGUCGUCGACUAUUCUGUCGACAGUCUCACUCCCGCUCUCCAAGGUCAGGAUGUGGUUGUCUCGACUGUGAGCAAAGGCGGCCUGCUCACACAGCCUGCGGUAAUCGACGCCUGCAUCAAGGCCGGCGUCAAGCGCUACAUUCCCUCCGACUGGGGCUCCUUCACGACUGACCCCAAGGCGCACAGCGAGCUGGCUUCCAUUAUCGGCCCAAUGAUUAACACUCAGAAAUACCUCAUCGAGAAGGCCCGCGCCGGCGAGAUCGAGUACACCAUCUUCUCGAUCGGCGGCUUCACCGACUUCUUCGCCCAACUUCCUAUCGCAUUCGACUUCGGCAACAAGAGCGUCGAACUGUACGACGACGGCGAGCACCGCUUCAGCAGUACCAGCAUCGCCAGCAUUGGAAAAGCCGUCGUCGGUGCUCUCAAAAACCCCGAGGCUACUAAGAACCGCAACCUCAAAAUCCAUGAGCUUGUGCUCUCUCAAGCGCAACUGCUGGCGCUGGCCAAGAAAUACUCACCGCCAGGGACGCAGUGGAAGGAGACCAAGCUGGAUGGCAAGGCCGAGUUCGACAAAGCUCUAAAGGCUGCUUUGGAGGACCCCUAUAACGAGCAUAAAUUGCUCGAGGUCAUCAAGACCGCCCUCUUCAGUGGGCGCUACGCAGCUGCAUACGACAAGGUUGAUAACGAGCUGGUGGGCGUUCCACUCCUUUCUGAGAAAGAUCUGGAGGCAAGGAUGGCAGCUGCCUUCAGUUCUUAG